AUGCACGUGAUCACGUCACUAAUGAAUCCGAAGGACCCAUCGAUCGUGAAUGUCAGAGAUCUGGCCAGUCUGGGGCCAAAGUCUGGGGCCAGAGUCUGGAGGACAUCCGGGAAAUGGAAUUUUCCGGGUCCGUCUGGCUGGGUCCGCCCGAGUGCGGAUCCGUCCGGUUCACGACAUGAUGCGCCAUUGGUUAUCUUUAUGCUUUAUCUCUUGCUUUCAACCAACCACUGCCGCCAGCACGCCUUUGCACGUCCGCCCGCAUGUCAUUCAUUUCUCAAUGUUUAUGCGAUCCUCAAGCUACUAGAUAACAUUGGUUUCUUGACAACCAUGAAUACCCCAUCCACCUCGCGGGGUGCACCAUCAUGGCAGGCUGUCCUCGAUGCUCGACUGGCUCAACCCCAACCUGAUUUCAUCCACUCAUGCACCAACUGCAAAGAGGAGGUUCCUUGGCGACGGUGCAAGUCAAACGAGAAUGGAAAUGAGGGCCGUUGGGUGGCAGUGUGCAAGAAAUUUGCUGGCGAGCAGCAAGUGCCAUGCAAUUUCUUUCGCUGGGCACGGGGCUCAACCAGUCCCUCCAGCUCCCCCACUUUGGCUGCAGCUCAAUUAGCCCCAACCACUAUCGUCCAGCCAGCUCAGCUAGUCCCAACCGCUGUCGUCCAGCCUGCUGCCUUGAGCAAUGCCACAUUGCUCCUUAUGUGUGCUGCCCUGGUCUGCAAGAAGCGCCCCCAUGCACAUUGUGAGAACGCUGCAUGCCGAACACAUUGCAGCCUGUUGGGUGGUUGUUCCGUCAAAGGACAUACCUCCGCUGUUGUGUUGGAUCUAUCAUUGGCGCUUCGAACACCUCAUCAGCCUCAAGCAUGUCCACCUAUGCCUCCACCCCCACCUUCGCAGCCAGCAUUGAUUCUUGAUGCUGCACCCUCUGACUUGGACGUCCGUCUGUCCCCACCCUUGGCCUCUUUAUCGGAAGUUCCUGAGCCUCCUGCACAAGUCCAGAAGGGCAAGGGUCACGCUGUUGAGCUUCCAGAUGCUAGUGAACCUGUGCAGCUUCCUUCACGCAUGAUGCCUGCCAUCUUUACGCAGCAAAAUGCUCGUGAAGAGGAAAUGAAUGAAGAAAGGCGCCAAUGUGAACUUGAACGUCUUCAGGCUGCGGCUCGGGAGAAGAACACUGUUGUGGUGUACGCAUGGACUCAGAAUGGUGUUGAGCCCAUAAUUUACGAAUUUCAAGACGGCUUCAAACUACCCAACUUCUACUUCACACUCUCGGUCCUCCAAAAAUUAUGCAUGACCUCUGAGGUCCCCGAUAUUCCUGCUCCUGCAAGGAUUGCUCCUAUCCAGCGGUACAACCGUGCCCUCGACACAUGGACACGGUUUGAUGUGGACCACAUGGUCACUCUGCAUGAGCGCGAUGCUGGCAUCCUCUUUGUGAGGGAUGCACGUGUCAGGGAGUGUGUAGACUUUGACCGGCACCUUCACAGACUGACACGCCCAGUAAGCGCUAACCUCAUGACAGACCUGACGAGCGAACGGAAGUAUGUGCGUGCUGCAUCUCUUGCACGGAGCUCACGUACACCAUCUCUACCUCCUACCAAUCCUGUGCCACAUACUCGCAAACCUCGCUCUGGUAUGCCCUCACUGUCGCCAGUCGCAUCAGACAAUGAGCAUGAAGUGCCUAAUGACUCGCCAGCUCAACCAAUCAAGCGGCGCUCAUUCAAACCACCAAUCAAGCGGCGCUUUUCAUCUAUCUUGUCAUUGACAGAUAGUGAUGGGGAUGACACGACAAAAUCUGUCCACACAACCAAGCGGCACCAUUCUCCACUUCCUCAGGCUCCCCGCCGUGUUUUACCAUGCCGCAAACAACACCCUUUUGCCGACUCAUUUGAUCUUUCUGAUGCCUCCGACUCUCAUUCGCUCUCAUCAUCUAUCUCAUCAAUGCACUCAACACCGAUCGUGAAGAAGGAGGAUUCGGGAAGUCUUCUUUCAUGCGGAUCAUCAAGCCAUGAUGCCAUUGUCGUCGAAAAAGUCGCAAUCUGGCCCGUUGACUUUUAUGUGGUUGACAUUUCUCGUGGUUUCAAUGCUUGUCAAAGGGCGGUUGAUGGACGACGCAGUGUGGCAGAUGCAUUUGUCGGCCACUUUGGUGUACCAUUCAAGGCAUCAACGUUUUAUGACAACUGCAAGGUGUGGGACUUCAAGCCCAACACAUCGCUUCGCCAACGCUACAUUGAUUAUGGUCGAACAGAGAAAGGAAGCUGGACUUCCUUCAUGAAGAAGGCGAAACGGCCGCACAAGUAG